AUGCCGAGGGCGCUGCGGGAUGUGGGAGCUGCUCUCACCUGUCUCCAGCUGCUUCUUCUCCUGCUCCCUGUGGAUUCGCGGCCCCACGCUUGGGAUCAGGACAGGCUCCAGCUGGAAGGAGUCAAAAAGGAGAUCCUGGAGCGGCUGGGAACCCCCAUCAUCCGCCAGCAGCUGGACCAGGAGAGCAUCCGGACAGCGCAGCGGCUCUACCAGCUCAAAGUGGCUGAGCUGGCAGGGAAUAGGAGCCGGGAAGAGCAGCAGGAGGAGGAGGAGGAGGAAGGGGGAGAAACUGUGCCCGGGACUCGGCGCCUGCACCGCCUGACUCCUAUCUUGCUGCACUGGUCACACAUCCCUCAGGGCCACCAGGACCACCGUGGUCUCUACCACUAUCACCUCCUCCUGUCCCGCACGGAGGAUUUCCACCAGCAGCUCCGAGUGGUCCGAGCGGAGCUGAAGCUCUUCAAGCCAUCACUGACAUCCCCUGGAAUGUCCCCACUCAGCACCUCAGUGCCCUCCCAGGUGACCAUCUACACCCUGCAGGGGGAUGAAGGGACCCCCAAACUCCUACAUAGCCAAGAGUUGGAUCAAAAUUCCCAAAGUCUGGACCUGACAGCAGCAAUCCAACCUUGGGUGGAGGGUCCUGAGGACACACUGCGCCUGGAGUUGGACUUCACAGCCAACAUCUCAGCCAUGCUGGUCACCUCUGAGGGUGAACCACUAGUGUUGGAGGUGGAAACCCAAGAGAACACAGCUAGGAGAGCCAGGAGAGCCCGAGGGCUGGAGGAGGAGUGUGGGAAGAGCGAUGGGAAAUGUUGCCUGAAGACGUUGAAGGUUUCCUUCCAGGAUAUUGGUUGGUCAGACUGGAUCAUCGCCCCCAACAGCUACUACAUGAGGUUCUGUGAAGGUUCCUGUCCCCACAACUACAAACCAGCCAGUAUGCACACCCAAAUCAAAUCCCGUGUGCAUUCCCUCUCCAAGGCCACCCCCCCACCCUGCUGUGUCCCGGCUGGGUACGACCCCAUGGUGCUGAUGCACUACGACAGCGAGGGCAGGUUGGUCUCCAGCCUCUUUGAGGACAUGCUGGUCACCAGGUGCCACUGUGCCUGA